CCUUAUAAAGGGGACUUUUGUCAAUAGUGAGAUCGAUCACAGCCUCGCUGAGUUCCAGGCUCCCUCCGACCGCGCCCACACCUAUGAACUCCACCAGAACCCACGUUCUUGGGGAAACAAGAAAUCUUAAUGAAGUAGCCAGCUGUGGAAGAUUCCAGACCCCCAGAUAAAAAUGGCUUUCCAUGUGGAAGGACUGAUAGCUAUCAUCGUGUUCUACCUUCUCAUAUUGCUGGUGGGAAUAUGGGCUGCCUGGAGAACCAAGAACAGUGGCAGCACAGGAGAGCGCAGUGAGGCCAUAAUAGUUGGUGGUCGAGACAUUGGUCUGCUGGUGGGUGGAUUUACUAUGACAGCGACCUGGGUCGGAGGAGGUUACAUCAACGGAACAGCUGAAGCAGUGUAUGUACCAGAUUAUGGUCUAGCUUGGGCUCAGGCACCAAUUGGAUAUUCUCUUAGUCUGAUUUUAGGUGGUCUGUUUUUUGCAAAACCUAUGCGUUCCAAGGGGUAUGUGACCAUGUUAGAUCCAUUUCAGCAGAUCUAUGGAAAACGCAUGGGUGGCCUCCUCUUUAUUCCUGCACUAAUGGGAGAAAUGUUCUGGGCAGCAGCCAUCUUCUCAGCCUUAGGAGCCACCAUCAGUGUGAUCAUUGACAUCAAUGUGCAUGCUUCUGUCAUCGUCUCUGCGCUCAUCGCCACUCUGUACACCCUGGUGGGUGGUCUCUAUUCUGUGGCUUACACGGAUGUUGUUCAGCUCUUUUGUAUUUUCAUAGGCCUGUGGAUCAGCGUCCCUUUUGCAAUGUCACACCCUGCAGUUACCAACAUUGGGUUCACUGCUAUGCACACCAAAUACCAGGCUCCUUGGCUGGGGACCAUUGAAUCAUUUGAAGUCUACACUUGGCUUGACAGUUUUCUGUUGUUGAUGCUUGGUGGAAUCCCAUGGCAAGCCUACUUUCAGAGGGUUCUCUCCUCAUCCUCAGCCACCUAUGCUCAGGUGCUGUCCUUCCUGGCAGCUUUUGGAUGCCUGGUGAUGGCUCUACCAGCCAUACUCAUUGGGGCCAUUGGAGCAUCAACAGACUGGAACCAGACAGCAUAUGGGAUUCCAGAUCCCAAAAGUAAUGAAGAAGCAGACAUGAUUUUACCAAUUGUUCUGCAGUAUCUCUGUCCUGUAUACAUUUCUUUCUUUGGUCUUGGUGCAGUUUCUGCUGCUGUCAUGUCAUCAGCAGAUUCUUCUAUCUUGUCAGCAAGUUCGAUGUUUGCUCGCAACAUCUACCAGCUUUCAUUCAGACAAAAUGCAUCAGACAAGGAAAUCGUUUGGGUUAUGCGAAUCACAGUGUUUGUGUUUGGAGCAUCUGCAACGGCUAUGGCAUUGCUAACAAAGACAGUGUACGGGCUCUGGUACCUCAGCUCGGACCUCGUUUACAUCAUCAUUUUUCCGCAACUGCUUUGUGUGCUGUUUGUAAAGGGGACCAAUACAUAUGGAGCUGUGGCAGGUUAUGUUUCGGGACUUUUCCUGAGAAUAACUGGUGGGGAGCCAUAUCUGUACCUGCAACCCUUGAUCUUUUACCCUGGUUAUUACUCUGAUAAGAAUGGCAUAUACAAUCAGAGGUUCCCAUUUAAAACUCUUGCCAUGGUUACCUCAUUCUUAUCCAAUAUCGGCAUUUCUUAUCUAGCCAAAUACCUGUUUGAAAGUGGAAACUUGCCACCAAAAUUAGAUGUAUUUGAUGCUGUUGUCUCAAGGCACAGUGAAGAAAACAUGGAUAAGACAAUUCUGGUCAAAAAUGAAAAUAUUAAAUUAAAUGAACUUGCACCUGUGAAGCCCCGACAGAGCAUAACUCUCAGCUCAACUUUUACCAAUAAAGAGGCCUUCCUUGACAUGGACUCCAGCCCAGAAGGGUCUGGGACUGAAGAUAAUGUAUAAUAACCCAUCCAAAUAAAAUAUUGCUUUCUCAAACAGCUCUAGAGCAGGCUAGUGCUGGAACGAUGGUGUGUAGCAUAUAAAAAUAUAUUUAAAAAUAACAUUCAGGACAAAAAUUCAUAUAAAAAGUGCAACUGUACAAAUACAAGCCAAGCUAGAAGGAUUACUUAGAAGAGAAACAGCUCUCUUUCUCAUUGCUAUUCUAAUCCUCAUUUGGUUUUACACUAGACAGCUUUACAAAGUAUUCAAAAAUCAGUAAAGCCCCACCCAAAGAACAGAAGGCCAAACAGAGUAUCUUUAUUGUGAAAAAGGAAGUAGAUAUGAAGGAGCCAAGGAAAUUAUGUCAUCUUGAUCCAGACCUUGUUUGCUAGUGCACUGGUGAAUGCAGUUUAAUUACCACCCUAAAGCUAUGAGAAUAACUCAACGUUACUCUAAUGAGUGGUGCAAGGAAUUAACCAGCUGAUUUUCUUGAUUUGAUAAUAUACCACUUAAUUUGUAUUCUUAACUAUAACACAUAUUGAAUAUGCAUUUUUUUCUUUUAGUAGUGGCAUGUAUAAUUCUAAGCCUAGACAAAGCAAACACACAAAAAUGUUAUAUAGUGAAUUCUUUAUGUGCAAGGUGAUAGGAAAAUACACUCUAUCUUUGUAGAGGAGCACUGGGCUUCUUUGAGUGAGUCUGCAACUACCACAAGCAUUGAGAAGAGUACCUGGAGCAUGAAAGACAUGAUUAUUAGGCAACCUUAAAGUAAUAUGUAAACAAGGUCAUUAAGAUGAAAUAGGAAAAACAGUGCAUUUUUACUUUCAUCUGAAGUUUAUAAAAUUCUGAUUCAUGAUUAAAGAAGUAAUGUCUUUGCUUACUAUUUAAAUUACUAUUGGAAGUGAAAUUGAGCCAUAUGUAAGAUGAGAUAGUGCCAUAGCAGCAGUUAAGGUUAAUGAG